GACAGUCGAUAAAAUAGUGCAGAAAGAAAAGGUCGGGGCAAAAUAAAUAGCUAUAUUUAUAUUAAAUUAAAAUAAGUCUUAAAAAAAUUAAAAAGGAAUAAAAACCUUUAUCAGGAAUAAGACAUGGCGAAGGUGGAAGUAGAACAAGGUUGGUUAGAAGGCGAGAUAUUGGAUUUGUCUACCGGUGAUGGACAGUACUACAGCUUCAAGGGGAUACAGUACGCCGCCCCUCCAGUAGGGACACUGCGAUUUAAGGCACCACAGCCACCUUUACCAUGGGAAGGUGUAAGAGAAGCGAACAAACACGGCAAAUGUUGUCCUCAAAAGAACAUCAUGACAGAAAAAAUAGAUCUCGGCAGUGAAGACUGCCUUUUCCUUAACGUUUACACCAAGGAAAUAAAUCCCCAUAAUCCUUUACCCGUAAUGAUUUUCAUACACGGGGGAGGUUUUAAAAGCGGAUCAGGCAAUGUCGCUUUAUACGGACCUGAUUACCUUAUUGAACAUGGCGUUGUAUUAGUGACAAUCAAUUACAGACUUGAGAUUUUCGGAUUUCUUUGCCUAGACACGGAAGAGGUGCCUGGAAAUGCAGGACUUAAAGACCAAGUUGCCGCUUUAAAAUGGAUUCAGAAAAAUAUUGACAAGUUUGGAGGUGACCCUAAUAAUGUAACUAUUAUUGGAGAGAGUGCUGGAGGGGCAUCCGCAGCAGCACACAUGUUGUCUCCUAUGUCCAAAGGUUUAUUUAAACGAGUUAUUUCCAUGAGUGGUGUCCCGAUUUGCGAUUGGGCUUUGGCAUUUGAGCCAAGAAGACGCGCAUUUGCUCUGGGAAAACUUCUAGGCUGCAACACCAAAGACCCCCAAGAACUUCUCGAUUUCUUGCAAAAUUUACCAGUUGAUAAACUCAUCGACAAAAAUCCCAAUAUUAUUGCUUUUGAAGACCAUGCCAAUAACUUUUUAAAAAUGUACCACUUUACGCCUGUUGUAGAAAAAGAUUUCGGCAAAGACCAUUUUUUAACAGAACAUCCGGUAGACGCGGUGAAAAAUGGUCACUUUCAUAAAGCAGAUUUAUUAGGUGGUUACACGAGUAAAGAAGGAAUAUUAAGCAUUUCCAUUUUAGAAACUUUACUGCCUAUUUAUGAGAAAUACGAAGAAUGUUUGGUUCCAGGAAAGAUAAUUUUAAAGAGUACUCCAGGGAAAGUUUUGGAAUUGGCAGAGAAAAUCCGUAAAGACUUCUUUGGUAUAAAACCCUUAAGCAUCGAAACUAUAAAAGAAGCGGUUACAUAUUUCUCCGAGUCCAGUUUUUUGUAUGAUAUCGACAAGUUUAUAAAGUUCGCAUCAGAUGCAAAAUGUGGAAAUGUAUACAAGUAUAGAUUCUCGUGUUUCUCGGAAAGGAACAUCUUCGGUACCAGCUUAGGAGAACAAUAUGAUAUUCAAGGAGUGAGCCACUUAGAUGAUCUGAUGUACAUAUUUGAUGUGAAAAUGGCAAGACUGAAAUUGGACAAAAAUAGUUCGUCGUACAAGAUGAUACAGCAAACGUGUAAACUGUUCACGAAUUUCGCCAAGUAUGGUACUCCCACGCCUGAUUUGUCUCUAAACGUCAAUUGGCCAGAAUAUGACACUAAAGAAGAAUACUUCAUGGAUAUUGCAGAAACCCUGACAGUGGAUCAACAUCUGAAUGCCAAAUGUAUAGCUUACUGGGAUAACAUUUACAAGGAAGCUAAUAUCGACUAUUGAAAAAUUAAUAACUUACUCAUAAUUACGUUAUCUGGGCUAUAACGGUUAGAGACUCCGGGUUCAACUCUUGGUCGGAUCAAUUUCUAGUUUCACUCUGUUCCGACGAUUCCGAGUGUUCUUCACUACCUUGCAGUGGAGUGCGCUCUGUACCCUCGGACUGUGCCCAACAGUCAAAAUAAAGGGGCAAAAUAUGUUACUAAGGGGGGUUAAACCUUUAAAACGUGUGUUUAUGUUAUAUUCAUUUUCUAGAACAACUGAAUUUAAUAAAAAUGGUCUUUCAGUAAUAGCCUGUGCAACGUA